UAUCGAGGAGUCAGUGGCGAACAGUGUCGAAGACAAGUUUCCGUUCUUGUGAGACAAAAGUGACAAAUAUAUCACCAUCAUGAAUCUUCUGAUCUUCGUUCUCGGAUCGCUUUUGUUGUGCAAUUUCGCGUUUGCCGACGACUUCGGUUACGACGGAAACCACGGCCCGAAUCACUGGGGCGACAAGUACAAAACUUGCCUGGGGAAAUACCAGUCUCCCAUUGACAUUGAAGACAAGGAUGUUAGGACCGCUAGUUUUCCAGCCCUCGAGUUUUCUAAUAUCCAGAGACCCCAUACAGCUUACAUGACAAAUAAUGGCCAUACAGUGAUGAUCGCAAGCAAGGAUUCGGACAUCCCCACGAUAUCCGGUGGUCCAUUGAACGACACAUACGUGUUCCAACAACUACAUUUCCACUGGGGACAAAAUGACGACGUGGGAUCGGAGGAUCUCAUUAACAAUCAUUCGUAUUCCAUGGAACUGCACGCGGUUUUCUGGAAAAAAACCUACGGAUCGUCCGAGGAAGCUCUGAAACAUUCCGACGGCUUGACUGUACUUGGAUAUUGGUAUCAGGCAACGGACGAGCCCAAUCCGAUUUUCGAGUCGAUUGUGCUGCAGUUGCCAGGAAUAGCAACGGUUGGAAAAACGACGACGAUAAAUGACGUUAACAUCUUAAACAAAUUGAUCGCUCCCGAUAUCGUGACAGCGGAAGAUUAUUACACAUACAAAGGAUCGUUGACUACACCCCCUUGCCUCGAAAUUGUACAAUGGAUCGAUUUUAUCCAGUCGCAGAUGAUAUCUCACGAACAGCUGGCCCUUUUCCGUAGUAUUAAAUCUCCUGAUGGCAGAAAUUUGACGCAUAAUUACCGUCCGGUGCAGCCAUUGGACGACAGAAUAAUUUAUCGUAAUAAUAAUAUUGGAGGUACGAAGAUUUCCAAACCGGCAACUGUAUCAACGACUUCCGGUACGACGAAUGCAACAAUGACCACCCAAACCAACGUGGCAUCAACUAUUCAAUCAAGUCUAUCUACUUCUAAGCCAACGAGUCCACCAACUUUUAAGCCAACGAGUCCAUCGACUUCUAAACCAACGAGUACAUCAUCCACUUCAGCAACAUCUGGUCCAUCUAAUACGACAAGAGUUCCUAAUGGAACAGUAGAUACAAACAUGCUUGGAGCAAGCACAAUGUUUCCAAAGAAUGAAGAUCAAGAUCAACACUCUGGUCAAGAAAGAAUAUGGAAUAUGUCACCAUUUUCACUAAUAUUUGGAAUCAUUUUUCUUCUGUCAUACCAAUAA